UUAGUUCGGAGGUCUUUCAAGGGGUGGUCUGUCAGUUUACCGGAUGACCGCGUGAGCGCGCUGCCGCGCAAGACCAACCCUCUAUUCGCGCUACAUCCGGCGAACGUGACUGAUCGUGCUCGAUUCUCGAACCGUUGCAAAACAUUCGGUUUUUCGCUCGAUCGAUUUCGCGAUUUCUUUCGUAUUAUUCUUUCUCUCGCUUAAACCUUCUUCGAUUCCCUCUCAAUCGGUUAUCAGUAAUUUUAUCCACUAAUGUGCUAUAAUCCACGGGUUGGAAAGUCACCACCACCUAUCGACCGCCGUCACUGACCGGUCCGUUUUUCGCACUUUUGCCCUUUUUUCAUACCGACCGUCUUCACCUUGGAUCCUGUAUAUUCUCGAUCCGAUCAAGCCUCUCCUCAUCUUGCGCGACUCUACACGGCUCUGCGCAGUUUUCGUGAAGCAAAGAAAGAACAUUUACGGUGUACCUCUGUGACAAUCGAAUGGUAAAUUAAUCGAGGAGGAAGAGAAAAACAGAAGAGGAGGACGGAAGGAGCAAGUUACAGUUACGAGGAGGGAGAGAAGGAAGGAAAGAGAAGGAGGAAGAAGUGAUUCCUUUCCUCGCGUAGAAUAGUGUGUAGUGUAUUCUUGGUGGAUGGUAUCGCAAGGAUCGGUAGCUGGUUCGUGAUGGGGGUGGGAAACAGUUUAUCAGACGUAGUCACUACAAGUAGUCCAGCAGAAAGAUAAUGCAGAUAAAUGUUUCCGGAGGGAAGAGCGGGCAACUAACAGAGGAUUACAUAUUGUCAGAUUCGUUCCCGAUUAUGCGUCACUCCUGAUCUGAAAUCCGGGCCCGUUCAACGAUGGAUUCAACGACGAACGACACAAUCGUAGCACGGAUAAGAAAGAAUUCGACGAAAAAUUAAGACAGCGGUCUACUCGAUUCUCAAGCGAUUCUACCUAACCUUAGUCUCUACUUCCCCACGCGCCAAUCUUUCUCGAGAAACCCCCUCUCCCCACACAAAUCGCCGAGACCCGGUUUUGGAACGUUUCUUGCCUCGGUAAGAAUUUCGCUUCCGAGAGAGAAGAAAAGAGAAGAGAAGAAAAAAGAGAAAGAAAGAUGGAAGCGAAGCCAGAAGCGUGGAAGGAACGAUCGUGGCGCCACCAUCACCAGCGACAUCACCAUCAACGGUAUCGUGAGCAACCACGGCGCGACCAAUCACAGCACAAGCAACAACAGUUGGCUAGGAAACGGAAACACGUGGAACAACGUUCGAGCAACGUUAAAGGAACAACGUCCCUCGAAUGGUAACCGGGCGGAGGGGGGAGGGGAGGAGGCGGAUGGUCCAUUCCGUGUCGAUGAACGUAAGAACGAAAGGGCCGAAAGGUUCGUUGAGGGAGGGAUCGAUAUUAUCGGUGUUAUCAGCAGGCGCAACAAGAGAGGGAAUGAGAUCGUCCGAUUACGCCUUCCUAACAUGCUCGGCCGCGGUUAUAUCACACGCUCCUAUAUGUAAUAAGAAGGGACGCUUGGAGGAUGGGGCAGCGCGGGGGGCGGAGUGAAACGGAACGGCGUAUCCGUCGCGUCGAUUAUUCGUUGGCAGCAGUCAAUUAAACGGUCGCCUCGACGCGAUCAAAUUUAAGGGAGGGGGGAAGAGGAGGCGGAGGAGAAGGAGAAGGAGGAGCGGCUCGAGUGCUUUCGGUGCACGCUGCGCGCAAUGAGAGAAGAUAGAAUGGUACGAGUUCAAGAUUGCGAGAUUGCCCGCCGUUCGAGUAAUCGAGGGGUUACAACGAUAAUAAAGCCAAUCAAAGAAAAAGUGUCGAUCGAGUAAUCGAGAGAUAGAGCUUUCCCUUAGAGAGAGAAAGGAGAAAUACUCGAGAAAGUGUUUCGGGGUGGAUAAAGAGGGGGGAGGAUGGCCACGGUUCGAGGGGGGACCGUCCAACGGCGAUACUUGCCCGGCCUUUUAACGGCCGCUUACCUCUGCGCCUUCGUUUUCUGGAUCGAUGGAAUGUUGGACUGUGCCGGUCAAAGGCCGAUAAAUUUGGGCGGCGCAAGGAAACGAGACGUUUACAUCGCCGGAUUCUUCCCUUUCGGCCAUCACGUGCCCGAGAGCCACAUCGGCCGUGGCGUCAUGCCCUCGGUCAAGCUCGCCGUCGAUCAUAUCAACGAGGAUCGGAUCGUCCUCAGGAACUAUCGGCUGCACAUGUGGUGGAACGACACGGAGUGCAACGCCGCCGUUGGCGUGAAGGCAUUCUUCGAUAUGAUGCACAGCGGGCCGCACAAAGUGAUGCUAUUCGGCGCAGCUUGCACGCACGUCACUGAUCCCAUCGCUAAAGCGUCGAAGCAUUGGCGUCUCACGCAGCUUAGCUACGCGGACACACACCCGAUGUUUACAAGCGAUAGCUUCCCAAAUUUCUUUAGGGUGGUGCCUUCUGAGAACGCGUUCAACGCUCCCCGCGUGGCGCUUUUAUUGCACUUCAAUUGGACUCGCGUCGGAACCAUUUAUCAAAACGAGCCGCGAUACGCUCUGGCACAUAAUCGAUUGGUCGCCGAUCUCGAUAGCAAUAGCAUGGAAGUGGUAGAGACGCAAAGCUUCGCCACCGAGGUGACCACAGCACUGGAAAAAUUGAAGGAGAAGGACGUUAGAAUAAUUUUGGGCAACUUUAACGAAACAUGGGCCAGGCGGAUAUUCUGCGAGGCGCACAAAUUCGAUAUGUUCGGGAGAAAAUAUCAAUGGGUGAUCAUGGGUACUUACACGGAAGAAUGGUGGCUCCAUCCGGACGAGGAAUGCAAUUCCGCUGAUUUGGUGGAGGCAUUGCACGGUGCCAUAUUGACAGACUUGUUGCCAAUCACAACGGAGAAGAGGAAGACUAUAGCUGGGAUAACGACCGAACAAUACCGGGUCGAGUAUGACUCGAGACGAGGCAAAGAGUAUUCGAGAUUUCACGGAUACUCGUACGACGGUAUAUGGGCAGUGGCUCUAGCUAUACAACGCGUCGCAAGCAGGAUAACACACUACCGUCGCAAUCAGACCAUGUCAGAUUUCAGAUACAGAGACGAGCUUUGGGAGAAGCUUUUUCUCGAAGCUCUGAGAAACACAAGCUUCGAAGGUGUCACGGGACCGGUGCGUUUCUAUGAUAACGAAAGGAAAGCGUAUAUUCUUUUGAAACAGUUUCAAGGCGACAGAGAGGUAAAAGUCGGUGAGUACGACGGCGUGACAGACAUUUUAGAUUUGAACAAGGGCGAGCCUUUAAUAUGGAAGGGAAAAUCACCGCCCAAAGAUCGAACGCUUCACAUCAUCGAACAUUCGACCGUAAAUAUUACGAUCUAUGCUGUGCUCACCUCCGCGGCCAGCGUGGGCAUCACCAUGGCGGCUAUUUUUCUCGUCAUCAAUAUCAAGUACAGAAAUCAAAGAUACAUAAAAAUGUCAUCGCCGCAUUUAAACAACCUCAUUAUCGUCGGAUGCAUGCUGACCUACAGCAGUGUAAUUUUCCUUGGGUUAGAUUCGCAGCUGUCCAGUGAAACGGCAUUUCCCUACAUUUGCACCGCCAGAGCAUGGCUAUUGAUGGCUGGUUUCUCCUUGGCUUUUGGUUCCAUGUUCUCGAAAACAUGGCGAGUACACUCGAUAUUUACCGACGUUAAAUUGAACAAGAAGGUGAUAAAAGAUUACCAAUUGUUCAUGGUGGUCGGUGUAUUAUUGUUUAUUGAUUUGGGUAUUAUGACGACCUGGCAGGUUGCGGAUCCAUUUUACCGGGAAACGAAACAAAUGGAACCUUAUCCUCAUCCUUCCAGCGAAGAUAUCAUCAUAAUACCGGAAAACGAGUACUGUCAAAGUAAUCGAAUGACCAUUUAUUUAGGGUGUAUAUACGCUUAUAAAGGUCUUUUAAUGAUAUUCGGCGCCUUUUUGGCAUGGGAAACGAGGCAUGUCAGCAUUCCGGCGUUAAACGAUAGUAAAUACGUCGGAAUGAGCGUAUACAACGUUGUGAUCAUGUGUGUCACUGGAGCGGCUAUAAGCUUCGUAUUGGCUGACAAGCAAGAUGCCAUGUUUAUUAUGUUGGCGAUAUUUAUAAUAUUCUGCAGCACCGCCACCUUGUGCUUGGUUUUUGUACCAAAGCUGAUAGAAUUGCGAAGAAAUCCCCAAGGUACGAUAGACAAACGAAUCAGAGCAACGCUCAGGCCAGUGUCGAAAACGCGAAGGGACUCGAGCGUUAGCGAAUUGGAGGAACGUCUAAAGGAAGCGACGUUAGCGAAUCAAAAAUUUCGUAAACAAUUGUUGGAAAAAGAUUCAGAACUUCAGAUGUUCCUACGGAGGCUUGAUGAUCAAACCACAUCGAAUACACAGGAAGCAAUGGAUAGGUUAACAGUUCCGAGGCAGGAAGCAACAGUUGUGAAAAAAGAAGGUUUGUCCCUUGCGACAGAGACAACGGACAUUUCCAUAUCAAUGUGCAGCCUAAAUUCAACUACCAUCUCUCAACCAGAAGGCGUCGAUUAUGGGAGCACAAUCGCGACCGAACAACCGAUUAGCAAGAAAAAGACAUCGUUCUCGAAAUUACCGGCGAUCGCGAUCGACAGCGAACGAACACCUCUGGUCCCGCAAACCCAAGAAACCACGAAAGGAACCGCGGAUUUUUCGUCCUCGCCCCUGCCCUCGGUUUUGAAGCACACGACAGACGAUUCCGGGCAUAGAAGAAGUCGUUCCUCCAUACUUGGAAAAGAGAGUGAACCUCUUCUUGCCGAGAGAAGUCCGGACUCGCGAUCGGAUACCGGCAAAACGAACGUUGAAUUCGUACCGGAGAUCGUCGAGGAGGGUGACGCCAUUAUCCUCGAAGAGACCGAAAUUCCCAGGCAUGGAAAGUUGAUCAGAAGCAAAGACGACCGUAGAUCCAGGCUCCCGACACCUCCGCCGACAAAGAACGUUUCAUUCGGUGAACUUCAUGAACAGAACUACCUCGAACAAGCGAUUCUACCACCUCCCUCGCAAUUCGUUCCCAAGCAUCGACAUUCCGUCUCGGCGACGAAUGCAUCCGCUCAUCAAUCAUUAAAGAGAAGAUCGUCGGUGAAGAGCAACGGAAUGGCUCAUUCCCAUCACGAGUUGUUUCAAACUCGGAGAACCAGCGUACCAGUCAAUUGCAUCAGUUAUAUUUCGACUGAGAACGUCUCGAAAUCAGAGGCCACCGAGUUCUCUCUCAACUCUGGUUUUGAUAAAUCUUACAUAAUUGGUGAAUGCGGCCAUCGACGAGCAUUAUUCUCAGGUACUGGAUAUCGUUGUGAGAAACACGGAGGACGAGGACAUCGCGCUAUAUUGAAUGGUUCGGCCGAAACGCCGCCUCCUCCACGGAGACAUAAAAAACAUUACGAUUCUCAAAAUGCGAGUUCUCCGAGUGUGCCUGCGAUGGUUAAUGCAAGUUAUUCAGAUACCGAGAAAUACGAGGAAUCCAUGUCGACGAUUAUUCAACGAUCGGUGUCUGAAAGAUCGCGAGAAAAGUGUCCUCGGCUUCGAAGUGAAGGACACGCGAUGAUCGAAUGUCCUCAUCGUGCCACACGUCGGAUACGAGAGUGUAGACAUACCGAGUCUAAACUCCGACAACAGGCUCGUUUGGAAUACGUGCAAAGCACACCAAAUGUUGCCACUAUACACAAUAAUAAAUUCGCAAGCGCGAAUCCACGUGGUGGUGGUGGUGGUGGUGGCACUGGGCCAAGUAGCGGCGGUGUGGCAGGCAGUGCGAAUGGCCCAGGAACAGCCAGCUCAGUGACCGGCAGUAGUUCAGACGUUGUUGGUGGUUCCGCGGCAAAUGUUUCUAAAAUGUAUAGCGCCGUAUCAGACGGCGAAUUACUCGAUCUAGCGAUAUUGCCGAUCUUUCAAAAACUACUCACCGAGAGGCACAAAAGUUCCUCGAGGGCCGGCUACGGCGCCAGUGUAGCCAGCUGUCCGAAUAUAUCUAUCAAAUGUGACAUCGUUGAAUACCUUUAACGAUCUUCCAACGAUUAAUUUCAAUUUUCAUCUGGCGAUCUCGUUCUAUUUCUCUCUUUCUUUGAACACUCCUCUCCCAUCUUCCCUUACAUCUCUCUCUCUCUCUCUCUCUCUGCCCCCCUCCACCUUACGGCCUCCAAACGCGACAUCUAUCGUAAAACGUGUUCGCCAAUGUAUCGGCCGAGAUGAUAUUUUACAAGAACAAAAAUUGCCGUUCCUUUCUCGAGCCUGCCUAUCUGCGAUGCUCUCGCGAAAGAAGGUUGAAAGAGGCAGCAACGCUGCUCUUUCGAUAUAUGUAAAUGUAUGUACAUUUCCGUGUCCAUAAGUCACCGAAUACUUACAAUUAGUACGAUUUAGGAUAGGAAUGAAAUGAACGUUGUAAUUGCAGAAUGAAGUUGAAUUUAUUAAUCGUUUAUUAUAAGAGAAAAAGUAAAUUAUAAUUAUUACAUUUGAAAGAUGUUAUAAAUCUAUAUUUUAAUAAACGUUAUGUUUAGAUUAGCAAGUGUCCGCUGGACUUAUGGACGGAGAAGGAGACGUUAUCAACGAGAUUAAACGAGAGGAUGCCGGCCUCUGUUCGACGCUCGAGAAUCUUUUAGCUCCUCUAUUUAACUAAUCAAAUUGACGAAAAUAGCCGCUCGCGGCAUUCUAUGAAAACGUUCUGCAGAAUUCUACAGCGUCUGCACUUUAAUACACUUUUCUCUUCCAACUUUUGUGAUUUUUGUUUCCCCAUCUCGAUUCUCGUCUCGAUGAUGAAAGGUCAUAUAAACAUUGAUAAACAUAGGACGCUUUCGCGUCCGUGAGAAAACGAUUGACAUAAUCGCGGUGACUCGUCAUUCUGGAACGUGGAAUCUCGGUUUUUAUAAAAAAUUAUUCGAAAAAACAGGUAUGUUAUACAUGUUUGUCAUAACAAAAAAAUAAAAGUUAUCGAUCGGAUAAAAGAAAGAUAGCCAAUAUUGAAACGAACGUAGGAAAGAAUGUUAGCGUAUGCGUCUAAUCUAACUCUAAUCAUUGUAAGCGUGCGUAAUCGUUUUAAAUAAUUUUAUAGCGUGCAAAAUUCGUACAAUCGCUGUUUAGCAAUUCAAAAGAUAGAUAUACGAGUCAAAAGAUUCGAACAUUUUAUAGAAUUUUCUCUCGCAUUCGAGGGGGACAACUUUUUUUUACGUUAUAUCAAGUCUCUUCUUAAGAAAGAAACAAAAAAAAAAAGAAUUUAAAAAAAGACAUAAAAAAAAAUAACAAAAAGGAAUAAAAGAAAAUAAAAUGAAAAAAACGUUAACACAUGUUCAUUUCUAUCGCAAGUAACGUGUUUGCGUCAUACUGAAUCAUAUUUAAAAAUACAAAACACAAACUUCUACUAUUGUACCGAAAUUAAUUCUAAAUUGAUUGUUAUCGAUUUCCAAAGCAGCUCAAGACACGUUAAUGAAAACGAUUAAAUAAAAAUGAAGCAUACGGUAAGUGUUCUUACAAUAAGCGACUUUUAAAAUAAUUUCCUUUCUUUCUGUAUUCGCUUUUUCACGAUAAACAGUCGGCGUCUUUUUACUAAAGACGAAAUAUAUCGAUGAGAAACUAACACAGGCGAGUUUUAGAUGCGAUUCGCAUGCCUAGUAAAGAGAAUCGAUGAAAUAUAAUAUUUUCUUUUCGUUUCGCAUGUUUUUUUUUUCUCCCGCCCUUUUCCGCUCGCUCAACUUUCCUUAUCUCUCUUCCUAUUUUUGUUUCUUCUUUAUCUUCCCUUCUCUUGCAUUUUUUUUUUUUUUUUUUUUUUUACGAAAAUCUCGAACAGCCUAUGAUAAACAAAAAGUCAAAAAGCGUCCGGAUAUUCGAAAAAGCGUAUUCUCUGAGAGCCUAAUGCUCGUCACAAGAUUUUCAUUGUGUGGUUACGCGAGUCUUGUAUAUAACUAUCAAAAUAAAUGUCAUGUUUACAGGUAAAAAUAGCCAUUUGUUAUGUAAUACGAAUUAUACCCGCUUCAUACUUUGAAAGAUACGUUUUAAAACUUAUUUACAAGCACUCGUAUAUACAACUCUUUUUUUCUUUUUUAAAUAUGAGAAAAUAUAUAUUAUAUAUUAUUCUCGUUAUAUGUGAUGUAAUAUACGCGUCAACAAUUUUCAUUCGUUUAAUUCGUCAAAUUCGUGGUACACAACAUCGAAACUAUAACGUUCAAAUAUUUCGAUAAUUUAAAAUAAUAAGUGCGAGUCGAUAAUAACAAGUCAAUUAUAUUAAAUUUUAUCAAUAAAGUUGAUUCACUUGUUCUACCAUUUGA